AUGAUGGUACAAGAAAUAAACUGCUGUGAAUUUGUGUGGGUGUUUCCUCUUGCCCGUUUGUAUUUUUUUAUUUCUCCCGUGCAUGAAGAGAGGGAGGGAAGGGAGGGGCCAAAAGUAGAAGAAGGAGAAAUGCGUGCAGUUGCUUCCGCACGAAUCAAUGGAUUUUUUUUUUCAAAUUCGUUAGCGGGGGUGUCCAUUUCGGUGCGGUGCCUGUCACUCUCCGAGUUGGCAAAGGCGUUUACGGAGUUGAGCGAAUCGAACGGGGCACCAGUGGCAACAGGACCCGCUCCCGCCCCGCAUGAGGCACGGGUUCGGGCAGCAUUCGAUAUGAAAAGUGCACCGUUGACGCUCGGCGGGAAUGAUUUGGGACCAUUGGAUAAAGCAAGCGGCUUGAGGCUAGGGAGUAGUCGUGACGAUUCUAACAAUGGGGCCGUCACAUUCUCGACAGCAUACAGUGAACGCCUUAGUAACAUGUCAGGAGCACAACUCGCUUUUGCGCUGGAAAAACAGUGCAGGCAGCAGCAUGUUGGUCAGAUGCUACAGUGCCUUGUGGAAGUAUGGCGUCGACUGCGUGAAACGUCGUUGAUGAGUGUUAUUAUUACAGAUGAAGAAGCACGUGGUGAGGUGGGUGGUAAUAAUGUGGCGUUUACUUCAUUCCGCAGCGAUAGACUGUUGGAGGGCGUGUUACGUGCGUUGGCCAAGACGAACUUGGAUGAGGUGCAGCAGAGCUCCAGGCUGGUACGAGAGUUGGGGCAUGAUGGCAUCAGUGUGGAGUGGGUGACAGAGUUUGGAUAUUUGCUUAUGCAGUGGCUCGCAGCUCGCGCGGCCUCACUUAGCCCCUUUUGCAGCGCAACUUUUUUGCAUCUCAUUGCGCAACAGAAAGUCUUUCACUCGGAUGCUGUUUUGGAAACACUGCGUGACAACAUUGAGGUGCACAUUGCCAGGGACGCAGUGCGCCAAGCAGGCAUUGCUUUUUCUUCCAAAAUUUCUUCGUCUCGUGUUACUUCUGCUGAAAGUGUCCGUGAGUUUGACGUGUGUGCCUUUGCCGUACUGUUGGAUGCGAUUGCCCGGUGGCAAGCCAAAUUUGUGCGGCUCCUUGGCGGUGACGGACUUGGGCCGCAGAUCCGAUUGCAUGACGGGAGGAAAGUGACGGAGACGAUAACGAGGCGUCAACACCCAAUCCUUAAUGCGUCAUUUUAUAACGUGGUGGUGGACGGAUUGGUGCGAGGUGUGCGUGACGGCUCUCUCCACCUCACACGACAGGGAUCUCCGUCAACAUUUUUCUUCCUGACACUGGCGUUGGCAAAGAUACGUUGGCUCCGUGCGGACUGUGUCGAGGUGCUUCUACCACAGCUGCACGAGGCCUUGCGUGUGUUCUCCGGACAAUAUCUUGGGGUUGUCUUUCUGCUUGGGCGGCGUGAAGUGAAGACGUGCAACGUUGAGACCACAGACCUGCUUCUGCAGACACUACUUGAUGCGAUGCAAAAACGCGGAAAGCGUUACAUCUCGGCGGAUGAGCGUAGACGUCAUAGCUCCGACGCUGUGGCCCUCCCAACUUCUCUCAGCACCACGCAAAGUGCUGACGCUUCUUCUUGGAUUUCUACGUCCGUGGGCCACGAAGUGGAUUUAUCGACGGCAAUGGCAAUUGCGGAUAUGGACACCGACGAUGAAGAUUUGCAGCUCCUCUCUGCUUCACCGCAUUUGGAGUCUGUGGGUGAUAAGGGUGUUAGACAUUUCUCCGAAACGGAGGCCAUUAAUUCGGGUGUUUCUUCCCAUUCGUCACCCGUGGUGUUUGCGACAAGUUUUAUGGACAUUCGCUCCAUGCCUGUAUUACUUGAUAGUCUUAAUCAUAUUUUAACGACCACACUUGAGCAUUGCAGCGCGCAGGGCCAAGAGACUCAGCGAAAUGCAGUUGAAUUGAAGGCAAGAACCCUUUACGAGGCACUGCUAAACGACACACAUGGUGGAGUGAAGUCACUUUACGCACUGCAGGAGUCUCCUGUCUUAGUGGAGAAGCUUCUCUCAUCCGUACUGCGCAUACCAUACGAGACCCAUCAUCCGCUUAUUAUUGAACUUGCUUACGUCUUUACACGACAUGUCGGUGCACGACAUGUGGUCCCACAAGACAUUAGGAAAUCAACGGUUGCCGCCCCGCAUUGGCAGUGGCGUACGAUGAGUCUUGUUGAGCUAUUGGUCCAACACGGUGUUAUCUUGCCAGAGACGUAUGUCAUGACGGACAGUGUCAUCCAGUUCGCUCCACGUGUGCUUUCCGCUGUGGAGGCAGAGAAAAAGCGUCUGUUGGAGCGCCACCACGAGCGCCAACAGCAAUGCGGGAAGCAAAAGGGAAGGGAAAAGAAGAAAAAGAAAACUGUUCGCACAUCGGAGGUGUUUGCGAGAUUUUCACGCGUCGUGUUGCAGUUGAAGCAGCAGAUGUGA